UUAGUCGUAGUCGUCUUUAGAGUGGUCACUACGUCGUGCGGCUAUUUUCAGUGUUUCAGAUUGAAUAUUGUUGUACAGAUAUUGUAUUAUUAUAAUAAUUCAGUGAUAGUGCGAACAUUGCGCAGUGUUGUAACCGAGCAUAGUUUAGUGAAUUUUUAUAAGUUAUUUUUAAGGUAUGGAGUGGGAAGGGCCGAGCAAGCAAGGCUUGUACGACCCUCAGAACGAGCACGAAGCCUGCGGUGUUGGUUUUGUAGUUGCUAUCGACGGUAAACGUAGUCAUAAAAUCGUUCGCGAUGCAGAAGUGCUCGCUACACGUAUGGAACAUCGUGGAGCGUGCGCAUGCGACAAUGACACUGGAGACGGUGCUGGCGUGCUGACCGCCAUCCCGCACCAGUUCUACUGCGCUCAGCUCAGAGACACUCAUCAAAUAGAUUUGCCGGAUUUUGGCCGUUACGCCACCGGAAUCUUCUUUUUGGACAAGCUCCACCAUCAGGAGAUCGAGAAAAAGUUUCAAGAGUUAUCAGAAAGCAUUGGACUUAGAGUCCUCUGCUGGAGAACGGUCCCCACCAACAACUCUACCAUCGGUCAAGUGGCUCGUAACUCGGAGCCAUUUAUGCGUCAAGUGUUUGUAACCGGAGAUAUAGAAGACGAGGAGCUAGCCCGCCAGGUGUUCGUGCUGCGCAAGCGCGCUUCUCACGAGCUGGUCGUGCCAGGCGCCAGGUUCUAUAUUUGCAGUCUCUCGCUAAAGACUGUUGUCUAUAAGGGACUACUCACUUCUAAUCAACUAUGGGAAUACUUCAAGGAUCUCACGAACCCAGCGUUCACCACGUAUCUGGCGUUGGUCCACACCAGAUUCUCAACCAACACCUUUCCAAGUUGGGAGAGAGCACAUCCUUUAAGAGUACUUGCACACAAUGGAGAAAUAAAUACGUUACGAGGUAACGUUAACUUGAUGAAAGCUCGCGAGGGAGUUAUGAAGAGCGAGUUCUUUGGCGACGAUCUGAAGAAAUUAUACCCAGUUGUGGAGCCGAAUUUAUCCGACUCUGGUUCAGCGGACUGUGUGCUAGAGUUUCUACUGCACUGUGGCCAGCGCACAUUGCCGGAGGCUGUGAUGACGAUGGUCCCAGAAGCUUGGCAGAACGAUGCAACCAUGCCGAAGGAGAAGCGCGAUUAUUACCAGUGGGCCUCCUCCGCUAUGGAGCCCUGGGAUGGACCGGCUUUAGUAUCAUUUACUGAUGGACGCUAUAUUGGUGCCAUCUUAGACAGAAACGGCCUGCGGCCAUCUCGGUUCUACGUAACCAGUGAGAAUGUUCUAGUGAUGGCAUCGGAAGUUGGAGUGUACGAUGUCGAUCCGGAGAAAGUUAUACUGAAGAGUCGUCUGAAACCUGGUCGAAUGUUGCUAGUAGACACAGAAGACAAGAAGAUCAUACAAGACGUAGAGCUUAAGCUAAAAAUUGCUCGCAGCCGGCCGCACUCGCAGUGGUUAAACGAACAGAUAACGAUGGAAGAUAUUCACAAAUCUGUGUCGGAGAACGGCACAGCUGUUCAGAACGGCAGCCAACAAACCGCUAUCUCCGGGUUGUCUGACAAGCGACUAGCGCUCUUCGCAUACACCAUCGAGUCUAUUAACAUGCUGUUACUGCCAAUGAUACAGAACAAGAAAGAAGCAUUGGGCAGUAUGGGCAAUGACGCGCCUCUUGCGUGCCUCUCCCAGUUCCAGCCGCUACCGUACGAAUAUUUCAAGCAAUUGUUCGCUCAAGUCACCAACCCUCCUAUUGAUCCCUUCAGAGAGAAGAUAGUGAUGUCGCUGUUAUGUCCGAUCGGUCCGACGGCCAACAUCCUGGAGCCGAGCGCCGCCUUCGUGCACCGUCUGUUCCUGCAGCAGCCCGUGCUCACGCUGCCCGACCUCGCCGCACUCAUCGCCACCACGCACCGCGGCUGGAAGACGAAGGUGUUGGACUGCACGUUCGAGUACUCUGACGGUCCGGGUGGACUGGAACCUGCACUGACUCGCAUCGCAAGCGAAGCGUACACCGCGGCGGCCGGCGGCUGCCAGCUGCUCGUGCUGUCCGACCGCGCCGCCGGCCCGCGCCGCGUGCCCGUCAGCUCGCUGCUCGCGCUCGGUGCUGUACAUCACCAUCUGAUCGAGACGCGGCAACGUAUGAAGGUGGGCAUCAUUGUCGAGACCGCUGAAGCACGGGAAGUACACCACAUGUGCGUUUUGCUUGGUUACGGUGCGGACGCAAUAUGCCCGUACUUAGCGUUCGAGCUGGCAUUCGCACUGCGGGAUGACAACCUCAUCGACCCUACACUUACUAACGAGGAUAUAUACCUCGCAUACCAGAAGGCCAUAGAGACGGGACUGGCAAAGGUCAUGGCCAAGAUGGGCAUCAGCACACUCCAGUCGUACAAGAGCGCGCAGAUCUUCGAAGCUGUAGGUUUGAAUGAGGAUGUCAUUGAUAAAUGCUUCAAAGGAACGCAGUCAAGAAUCGGUGGCGUUAACUUCGAAAUCUUGUCAAAGGAAAUAUUCGACAGGCAUUCAUUGACGUAUGGAGACAAUAACGAUUCUCUCGUUUUGAGAAACCCGGGUCAAUAUCACUGGCGUGCCGGCGGAGAGAAACAUAUCAACGAUCCCAUGUCAAUAGCCAACCUGCAGGAGGCCGCCGUCAACAAAUCAAACUCUGCCUACGACAAGUUCAGGGAAAGCGCUCUAGAGUCCAUUCGAGCGUGCACAUUGCGCGGUCAACUUGAAUUGGUGAAGUUGGACGAACCGAUCCCAAUCAGCGAAGUGGAACCAGCCGCUGAAAUCGUCAAGCGAUUCGCCACAGGUGCGAUGUCAUUCGGGUCGAUCUCUCUGGAGGCACACACGUCGCUGGCCAUCGCCAUGAACCGCAUCAACGGCAAGUCCAACACCGGCGAGGGCGGCGAGAACGCAGACCGAUACCUCAACCAGGAUCCAGACUACAAUAAACGUUCGGCCAUCAAGCAAGUGGCGUCGGGUCGGUUUGGAGUGACGGCGUCGUACUUAGCGCACGCAGACGAUUUGCAGAUCAAGAUGGCACAGGGCGCUAAACCUGGAGAGGGGGGAGAGUUACCAGGUUACAAAGUGACAGAAGACAUAGCGAAGACCCGAUGUUCAGUGGCGGGCGUGGGUCUGAUAUCUCCACCUCCGCACCACGACAUCUACUCGAUCGAGGACCUCGCCGAGCUGAUCUACGACCUCAAGUGCGCUAACCCUCGCGCUCGCAUCUCCGUCAAACUCGUCUCAGAAGUGGGCGUUGGGGUCGUCGCCUCUGGAGUUGCCAAGGGUAAGGCCGAACAUAUUGUGAUCUCAGGACAUGACGGAGGUACCGGCGCGAGCUCUUGGACCGGCAUCAAGUGCGCUGGUCUGCCAUGGGAGCUUGGAGUCGCUGAGACACACCAGGUUCUGGUGCUUAACGACCUUCGCUCCAGGGUGGUAGUACAAGCGGACGGUCAGAUCAGGACCGGUUUCGACGUGAUGGUGGCCGCGCUCCUCGGAGCCGAUGAGUUCGGCUUCAGUACAGCACCGCUUAUUGCACUCGGUUGUACAAUGAUGCGCAAAUGUCACCUGAACACUUGUCCGGUGGGCAUCGCCACCCAGGACCCCGUGCUGCGCAAGAAGUUCGCCGGCAAACCAGAACAUGUCGUCAAUUACUUCUUCAUGCUGGCUGAAGAGAUACGUCAACAUAUGGCAGAAGUAGGCGUGCGCCGUUUCCAAGAUCUGAUCGGUCGAACUGAUCUUCUCAAAGUGCGGGAGAACAACGACAAUCCUAAAGCAAGAAUGUUGAACCUCAGCCUUAUAUUGAAGAAUGCGUUGCACAUGCGUCCUGGCGUGAACAUUGUCGGAGGAUCGAAAUCACAAGACUUUCAGCUGGAGAAGCGGUUAGAUAAUCAACUGAUAGAACAGUGUUCUGGUAUCCUGGAUGGAACGCAGAACGAGGUAGACAUCAGUAUGCGCAUCACGAAUGAAGAUCGAGCGUUCACUACUACACUCUCAUACCACAUCGCUAUGAAGUACGGCGACGCAGGGUUGCCGGAGUCGUCGCACGUGCGCGUGCGACUCACGGGCUCGGCCGGACAGAGCUUCGGAGCGUUCCUCGCGCGCGGACUAGCACUCACGCUCGAGGGAGACGCCAACGACUACGUCGGCAAAGGCUUAUCCGGCGGAACGAUUGUUAUCUACCCGCCAAAGAAUUCGCCGUUCGAAUCCCACUUGAAUGUCAUCGUUGGUAACGUAUGUCUCUACGGUGCCACAUCCGGACGAGCUUAUUUCCGAGGCAUAGCAUCGGAGCGGUUCUGUGUACGCAACUCCGGGUGCGUGGCCGUGGCGGAGGGCGCGGGAGACCACGGCUGCGAGUACAUGACGGCCGGCGUCACGCUCGUGCUCGGCCUCACCGGCCGGAACUUCGCCGCCGGCAUGUCCGGUGGUAUCGCCUAUGUAUACGAUAUUGAUGGUUCAUUCAAAAGCAAGUGCAACCAAGAGACGGUAGAAUUACUGCCCCUUGAACUAGAAGAGGACCUCGAAUAUGUAAAGAAAUUGUUGGAAGAAUUCGUCGAAUACACCGGGUCAGUAAUAGCUCAAGAGCUUUUAACUACUUGGCCUGAACCAGCCAAAAUGUUCAUCAAAGUAUUCCCUUACGAGUACCAACGUGCAUUGAAACAAUUGGCCAUCAAAUCGCCCGCUCCUACACCGAAAGUGGAAGCCAACGGGAAAGCUGAGAACGGGGUCCUAGACAUAGAAGAAACCAUCAGAGAUGUAGAGCUGGACAAGAAGAAUUUGGAGAAAAUUCUGGAUAAGACUAGGGGUUUCAUGAAGUACCCGCGCGAGACGUCCCUGUACCGUCCGGCGGAGCGGCGGCUGCGCGACUGGGACGAGAUCUACAACGCGGCGCACGUGCGGCGCGGGCUGCGCACGCAGGCGGCGCGCUGCAUGGAGUGCGGGGUGCCGUUCUGUCAGAGCGGCCACGGCUGCCCGCUCGGGAACAUCAUCCCCAAGUGGAACGACCUCGUGUACCGCGGCGACUGGCGGCAGGCGCUCCGCCAGCUGCUGCAGACCAACAACUUCCCCGAGUUCACCGGUCGCGUGUGCCCGGCCCCGUGCGAGGGCGCGUGCGUGCUGGCCAUCUCCGAGCCCGCCGUCACCAUCAAGAACAUCGAGUGCGCCAUCAUCGACCACGCCUUCGACAACGGAUGGGUCACCCCCGAGAUUCCGGAACACCGUAAUGGAAAGACAGUGGCUGUAGUCGGCUCGGGCCCUGCUGGCCUGGCGUGCGCGCACCAACUCAAUAAGGCCGGGUACACGGUGACGGUAUUCGAGCGCAAUGACCGUCCAGGUGGACUACUGCAGUACGGCAUCCCCACCAUGAAGCUCAGCAAGGAGGUAGUCUCGCGCCGCGUCAAACUCUUGACCGCUGAAGGCAUCGCCUUCAAGUGCAACGUCGACGUCGGCAAGGACAUAUCCGCUAGCGAUCUGGCUAAUGAAUAUGACGCCCUAGUCCUCUGCAUGGGUGCAACGUGGCCCCGAGACCUUCCCCUCAAGGGACGGCAACUGAAUGGAAUCCACUACGCCAUGGAAUUCCUGGAGAGCUGGCAGAAGAAGCAGAUGGGGUCAACUCAUCCCAUGAAAGACAACCCUGAACUCAAUGCCAAAGAUAAGAAUGUUCUGGUCAUCGGCGGAGGUGAUACCGGGUGCGACUGCAUAGCGACAUCUCUCCGACAAGGAGCAAAAUCCAUCACAACAUUCGAGAUCCUACCAGAGCCAAAGACGACCAGAGGACAAGACAACCCUUGGCCCCAGUGGCCGAGAGUAUUCAGAGUCGACUACGGACACGACGAAGUGAAGGUGAAAUUUGGCAAUGAUCCAAGAAAAUUCUCCACUCUCACCAAAGAGUUCCUGGAUGACGGCGAAGGUAACGUAUGCGGAGUAGCUGCCGUGGAAGUGGAAUGGACGCGAGGCGCAGGCGGCCGAUGGGAGAUGAAGGAACUGCCCGGAACAGAUAAGAUAUUCAAGGCCGAGCUGGUCCUCCUCGCUAUGGGCUUCCUGGGCCCUGAGAGAUACGUAGCCAACCAACUUGAUCUACCACUCGAUGCUCGUAGCAACAUCGAGACAGCAAAGAGUGAUAUUUACAAAACGCCCGUCAGCAACGUCUUCGCAGCGGGAGAUUGCCGUCGAGGCCAAUCACUGGUUGUGUGGGCAAUAUCGGAAGGAAGACAGGCGGCGCGCGCGGUCGACUUGUUCCUUUCGGGGGAGACUUCCUUACCGGGACCUGGAGGUGUCAUCUACAGACAUUAGGAUAUCUCAAUUGUAGACUUAUACCUACACAACGAUACAACACGUAUUUUAGAUAUUAUACGAACGAGGAUAAAUUCGUAACCAACACCAGUGUUGCCAUUCAAACUAUAACGAAUUGUAUGUCAUAUCAUGAAUUCUGUUAUGACGAUCGAGGUAAAAGGUGGUGUCCAGAAGAAUAGCAGGUGGCAUACGAUUGUACUCUUAGACAAUCGAUCGACCGGACGGAUGAGUAGUGAAACAGUAAAACUUGGUCUAUAAUGAA